AUGAACCCUUCACAAGGCGGACGGGCACGCACGUCGCCACUGUCUUCCAUCUUGCUAAGGCAUCCUAUCUACGACGGGAUAUAUUCUCGACUAAGCCCUGGCGCUCGCAUCCGCUUCGGGCGCACAUGUCGCCUCGCGCACAAGAGCGUGCAGGACUUCCACCUUAGAACGUACAACAUCAACCGCCACCUGAAGCGCUUCGUCGAUGACCCCAUCGCGUUCCGCAACUUGCAGGCGCGCCUCGCGAUGCUCAUCUCUGGCUCGAAUGCGCUCCAAUUCCUGGACUCGACAUUCUACCCCAGCUCGGAUCUGGACCUCUAUGUCUGGAAAGAAGAUAUCAAAGAGCUGGACGAUGUGGACGAGUUCCAUCACCAACACUACCGCUUCACGGGGCUGCACGGGGUAUACAGCUUCGCGAAGAACGGACCGGACGGCCGACUCACGGUCCAGGUCAUCGCCGGCACUGGCGGUCCCCUGAACACGAUCCUGACGUUCCACAGCACGUGCGUCAUGAACUGCAUCGCGUUCGACGCGGCGUACAGCCUGUACCCGCAGGCCACGUUCGAGGAGCGCCGCUCGCUGUGCAUGGCCACCCUGACCGACACCGACGCCGCCGCGUUCACCAAGUACUCGCGCAGAGGCUGGCAGCUCAUCUCGGCCGUCUGGCCGCACGAGCGGGCCACAAACAGGGCCUCGUUCCACGUCGACGCCACGCGCUGGGUCGCGGACCGCUACUCGUGGGUCGUCCCGCUCGACACGAGCGAGCUGCAGCCGCGCCCGCGGCUGUCCCCCACGUCGGACUACUUCGCGUGGGACCCGGUCGUCUACAACAGCUGGCGGCUCGAAGUCGCAGAAGAUCACGCAUUCGAGAUGGUCGGCGGCGCCGCGAUCGGCCGGUCCGUGUGCAGCACCGUCGUGCGCUACGCGUACCUCAUCGUCGACCCCGGCCUGUUCAAGACGAUCACCACCUUUUUGAAGACGCAGGGCAGGCUCGAGCACCUCAAGGCCAAGCGCUUGUCCUGGAACGAGCGCAAGAGGCUGUGGACGUGGUGAGUCCCAGUGGCUAUCGAUAUCGAUGCGUUCGUCUGGCCUGAGCAACCUUCUUGAGGUGGGACGCCACCGUCGCGGGCAUCAUCGACGCUCACCGCGCAGAAGAGAAAAAGAAGCAGGAGACGGAAGCCGAAGAUCGUAUGGCCGUGGACUGAAUCUGACUCACGCCCAGUAUGUAUUCCUCGCGAAACGAGGCCUCAACAUGUAUGUACAAUAUAGUCGCACCAUCACUUCGCAUUUUCGCAUCCGA